AUGGCUUUUCAGCUCCUGCGACGAACCUUCGGAGGGCGCUUCCUGGCAAACCCUAGGGCCUUCUCCUCCGCUGCUUCCACUCCGAUCCGUGCCACACUCUUCCCCGGCGACGGCAUCGGCCCCGAGAUCGCCGAUUCCGUCAAACAGAUAUUUGAAGCAGCUGAAGUUCCGAUAGAAUGGGAAGAACACUAUGUAGGAACUGAAAUUGACCCUAGAACGCAGAGCUUUCUCACAUGGGAAAGUUUGGAAUCUGUUAGGAAAAAUGGGGUUGGCUUGAAAGGGCCUAUGGCCACCCCUAUUGGUAAAGGACAUCGCUCAUUAAACCUUACUCUUAGAAAAGAGCUCAAUCUGUAUGCCAACGUUCGACCUUGCUACAGUCUUCCAGGCUACAAAACUCGAUAUGAUAAUGUCAAUCUAAUUACGAUCCGUGAAAAUACUGAAGGCGAGUACAGUGGACUUGAACAUCAGGUUGUGAGAGGUGUAGUGGAAAGUCUCAAAAUCAUUACACGCCAAGCAAGUUUAAGGGUAGCUGAGUAUGCUUUCCAUUAUGCCAAGGCUCAUGGAAGAGAGAGGGUUUCUGCCAUACACAAAGCCAAUAUCAUGCAAAAGACUGAUGGUCUUUUCCUCAAGUGUUGUCGUGAGGUUGCUGAGAAAUAUCCUGAGAUAACUUAUGAGGAAGUUGUCAUUGACAAUUGCUGCAUGAUGCUUGUGAAGAAUCCUGCACUUUUUGAUGUACUGGUGAUGCCUAACCUUUAUGGUGAUAUUAUCAGCGAUCUUUGUGCUGGCUUGGUCGGGGGAUUGGGUUUAACACCAAGCUGCAACAUUGGUGAGGGUGGUAUUGCACUUGCAGAGGCAGUACAUGGUUCAGCACCUGAUAUUGCUGGAAAGAAUUUGGCAAAUCCAACUGCUUUACUGCUAAGUGGUGUUACAAUGUUGCGCCAUUUGAACCUCAAUGACAAAGCGGAACAGAUUCAAAACGCCAUCCUCCAAACAAUUGCAGAAGGGAAGCACCGUACUGCUGAUCUUGGUGGCAAAUCAAAGACAACUGAAUUUACAAAAGCCAUCAUCGAUCAUCUUUAA